AGACUGUAUCACCACCACCACCACCGUACAUACACGGCCCAUCACUUGCCAGUCCCACACCUCCUCCAGGCCACGCCACACCACCCCAUCAUUAGCUCCAGCGCCAGCCCUAUCGCCUAGCAACACUUCCAUACCCUCCCUACACUUACCAAUAACCGCCAUGUCGGGAACCAAUACAUCCACCCCCGGCCACCAGGGCGCCAGCGCCAACCCCCAGACCAUCUCCAACUUGUCAGCCGGCUUGAAGUCGGUGUCGCUCAACGACCAGCAGCAGAACGAGGUCAACCUCAAUCUUCUCCAACAACAGCUCCAGAACGAGGCCACCAGCCAGCAGCAGCAGUCGAGAAUCACCCACUUCUUCCAGAACCAGCCCACCGAGGGCUACACCUUGUUCUCGCACCGCUCGGCGCCCAACGGCUUCAAGGUGGCCAUCAUCUUGUCCGAGUUGAACCUCCCCUUCAAUACUAUCUUCUUGGACUUCAACAACGGCGAACAACGGGCGCCUGAGUUCGUCACCAUAAAUCCGAACGCCAGAGUGCCUGCGUUGAUCGACCACUUCAACGAAAACACCUCCAUAUGGGAGUCUGGAGCCAUCAUCUUGUACUUGGUGUCCAAGUUCCUCAAGGAAAACGGCGAGUGCCCGUUGUGGUCCGACAACUUGGUCGAACAGUCACAGAUCUCCUCGUGGGUGUUCUUCCAGACCUCGGGACACGCCCCCAUGAUUGGCCAGGCUUUGCAUUUCAGAUACUUCCACUCGUGCCCGGUUCCCAGUGCCGUCGAGAGAUACACUGACGAGGUACGGAGAGUGUACGGAGUCAUCGAAAUGGCGUUGGCUGAAAGAAGAGAAGCAUUGAUCAUGGACUUGGAUGUCGAGAACGCCGCAGCCUACAGUGCCGGCACCACGCCGUUGUCCCAGUCCAGAUACUUCGACUACCCCGUCUGGCUUGUGGGCGACCGGGCCACCGUUGCCGACUUGUCGUUCGUGCCAUGGAACAACGUUGUGGAUAGAAUCGGAAUCAACUUGAAGGUCGAGUUUCCCGAAGUAUACAAGUGGACCAAGUACAUGAUGAGACGGCCUGCCGUCAUUCGGGCUUUGCGUGGUGAUUAGCCGAGGUUGUGCACUGCACUGGAUUCCCAGCAAUGCAUUAACCUCCUGAUCAGGCUGUCAAACCCGCAAUGGAAAGUUAGCAUUGCGAUCAACCUUUUGAUCAGACUGCAAAAAACCCU